CUCUUGCUCUUUGCUUGUACCAUAUCUCUUGUCCUCUUGUCCUUCUUAUAUUCCACGAGCGUACGUUGCCUUUGAUUCCUGUUGGUUGUACGUUAAACCGUCCAUUGUUCGGCGAUUGUUGCCGAUUGUUUGCAAGAUGGACGAUCCUGCGCUCGCAUCAUUGUCAUUGACACAUGUUCGAUAUAAUCCCAAUGAUCCCUUCUCGUAUGCUUCAGCCUGGCUGGCUCUUGUCCCGCAAGGUCUGUGUGUCACUUACGUGACUUUGAUAUGGGCUUCACGAGAAGUGGAAAUUCUCCUCAUGUUCGCCGGGCAAAUGGCCUGCGAGGCUCUCAAUUUUGGGCUUAAGAGGUUGAUUCGAGAAGAGCGUCCUCAACAAAUGCAUGGCAAGGGAUAUGGGAUGCCCUCAUCACACUCCCAAUUUGUGACGUUCUUUGCUCUAUCACUCACCAUGUGGCUGCUAUUUCGACAUGUACCCACAUCAACCACGAGCUACUCGCCUUCGACACUUUCGGAAAGAGUACUGUUGUCACUGCUGGCAUGCAUGGGAGCUGGAGCUGUGGCUGCAAGCCGGGUUUAUCUCAACUAUCAUACUCCAAAGCAGGUAUUGGUUGGUGUGGCUGCUGGAGCUGUCUUUGCUAUCAUCUGGUUUCUCUUCACGACUUUGCUAAGGAGAUGUGGUGUGAUCGAUUGGGCUUUGGAGACCUGGAUAUCACGAAAGUUUCGAUUUCGAGACCUGAUCACAACCGAAGACAUACAAGAUGCUGGUUGGGGUCGGUGGGAGACUCGUCGGAAAGCGAGGCGAAGCAUUGAUGCGAAUGGGUUGGGUAAGAAGAGUAGAUGAGAGUGAUCUGGAAUGCAUGCUUUAUA